AUGCAAUUCUUCAAGUUGACCGUACCACUUCCACUUGUCCUGGUGUUGUUCACCUCAUCUGCCAUAGCCAAUCCUUCCCGAUUUGGCGAGGCCCUUCAACAAGCUCUCGACUCGAACCCACUGACCUUGGUCGAGCAACCUGUCCCACCAGCAACCCCCAUCGCCUCUUCGUCUUCGUCAUCGGUGGCGUGCGACUUUCCCCCCCGACCGACCGGCACCUGUGAGCUUGGUGAAAUGAUGCCCUUCCCCUACAAUUGCACAAAGUUCUACAUGUGCACCACCUUCGGCCCUAUCAUGCAGAGCUGCCCAAACGGUACCGUCUUCGACUUUGAGAAAACCAAAUGUAUCUUGACGAACGAGACUGUUUGCACCGGCUGUUGCAUGAAGACCGACUGCGAUGGAGAAUGA